CCAAACAGAAACGUCAAAGUUUGCAUGCUCCCGCCCCUGAGCAUUAGAACAACAAAGAUGGAGUUGUGAAGUCGUAGAAAGUCGUCACGAAUUGUUCGAUCUUUUCCUCAGUUUCUGAAUAAUUAUUUGGCGAUUUGUAAACGACCGGCAGGAAAUGUUGCGACGGAGAAACGGAACAUUACUAUUUUUAUAACUGUCUUUAAAAAAUAGUUGAACUGAUAAAGGAAGAGGCUUCGACUCCAACAGAAAGCAGCCACCGAGCUAAAGAACUAGCAUCAGUCUGAUAUCACACAGAGGUGGUUAAAUAACAGGAGGAUUAAACAGAAAUGGAGAAGGGCGCUUUCCUCAAGGGUUUACCAGUCUACAACAAAAACAAUUUCAGCAGGUUCCAUGCAGACUCCGUCUGUAAAGCAUCAAAUCGUCGACCAUCCGUGUAUCUACCAACCAGAGAAUAUCCCUCAGAGCAGAUCAUCGUCACAGAGAAGACAAACAUCCUGCUGCGAUAUCUUCACCAACAAUGGGACAAAAAGAAUACAGCAAAGAAGAGAGAACAGGAACACACAGAAGACGACAACAUGGCCCCACCACGCAAAAUUGCCAGGUCAGACAGUCGAGACCAGACUGAGGAUUCGUAAAGGAGUGUACCCACAAGUAUACAAGAGUUUGCUCAUUUCUCAGACAGAGUCUGUAAAACAACUGCUUUCCUUUUUUUAAGUGCAUCAACUAUUUUCACUUACUUCUGUAAAAACUAGGCCUCUGUCUUAGUCAGAUUUCACCUGUAUACUGCACAUCUACCUCCUCACGCUUCAACCAGUCAGGUUUUACGUUCAUUUAAGUCUGCAGUUUACCAUUAUACAUACAUUUUAUUUCUCUGUUUGUGUCUAACACAUUCAUUCUUUAGUUAUUUAUGUCAUCUCUGAGGUAUCCAUGUUUUGGAGUUAUUGGUUGAGUGUGGGUGAAUUUCCCCCUAACUGGCAGCAUGUAGCUCACUGGUCAACAAGUUGACUGCACUGGUACAAAUUGGUAUAAAUCAAGUGGCCUCAGUUAUUCUCAUAUUAGUAAUCAUAUGUUUGGCACUGCCAGAUCUCACCUCAGAUCAAACUGUUUUACAAUUUUGUUUACAGUUGUACAUUUAACCAACAAUCCUCAUUUCCAGUAUCUAAUUUAUAAAGUGGGAGGUCCUGAAAGGCAGAGUGGGGAGAGUUCUGGGGACUGCAUGCGCUCAGUGGUUAAUAUCAGUGCAUUUGUGAAGGAAGCCAUAAAUAGAAAACACAGGGCAGCUCAUCCAAAAUGAGACUUUGUUUUGUUUUAUUUUGAAAAUUCAUGCACACUCAACCUUUAUUUUUAGGUAUGGAAUUAUUGAUGCACCGUCUUUUUUUUUUUUUUAAAGUCAAACUUAAUUUAUUUUGUGUUAGCGACGACUUAUAUAAGCAAUGGUGAGGAUCCUUGGUGUGACUGCUGUCAUUAUAGUGAAAGUUCAAUUCACUUGUUUUUUUUUUUGGUCACGGUUAGAAUCAAAUAUUGCCUUAAAUGGAAAUGUAAGUGAGUGAUAAAGUUUCAUUUUUCAGGGAGAAACAUCCCAUAGUGAAGGUCUGGUAAUUAUAUUAUUACCUGUGAUAUUUUUCAGUCCAAGUUUAUGCAUUCAUAUUUUGAGAUUUGACUUUGAGAUUUUGACAAUGGUAGCAGAACUUAUAAUUAUAGUGAUAUAUAUAUAUAUAUAUAUAUAUAGUGUAUUUGAAUGAGUAGCACAAUGUGAGUACAUUUACACUUUAUCUGCCCAGGAACUGCUGCCACUCACUGUUGUGAUGUUGAGAAUGUUUUCAGUUGAAAAAAAUCAAUUGCUUGGUCUUGGCAGGGUCGCGUUAAGAGUCUUUUGUUUGCUGCUUUAGUUGCUCACCUCUGUAUAAGUGUUGUGUAUGUGUAAAGUUUGAAUAUUGUGAUCGUUUUUAUUCAGUUAUUAAGUGACUACAGCCAUAUUGCCGCUCCACUCCUUAGCCAAAGAUACAAAAGCGAUUCCCUUCUUUAGCUUUGCAACUAUAAGCAAAUCACAUUUUGUAAAUAUAUCGGAGCCAUGACUUUAUUGUUACUGACAUUAGUGCAGGAUUAUUUGGGUUUUCACCUGUUAUUUUCUAUGGUUCCCAAUAGAAAUGUGUGUCAUUUCUUUUGUGCUAUAAUUUGCAUCAUAUUGACUAAUUUUAUUUAGAAUAUGUUUAUGCUUUUCCUUGAUUUUUGUUUUUGGAUAAAUGCAAUAUGUCAGUUUAAGGUUGUUUUUUUUUUUUUUUUUUUACAUACUGUGUAGGUAUACAAUAUAAAACAAGGUAAAACCCUCAAACUGAAGAAGUCUUUUUUGGUCAUAAUGGCUAGUUUUUAGCUUUUAGGCUAGCUAGUGUUUUUUUUUUUUUUGUAAUUCUGGGAAAUAAAUCAAUCAAUCCCA